GGUUGGAACAUCUCCUUUCCAGAGAAGAAGGGCAACAACCUGGUUGCCAUGGCCACUGUGCAGGAUCUGCAAGUGGCUGCCCUGGCUGUGUUGACUUUGCUCGCCUGGCGAGAAGAGACCGUCGGGGCGGAUGGCUUUGAGCAUGCAGGCCAGUUCUCCCUGUACUGGAACCUGACCUCAACGGUCCUUUACCUCCUCCUGGCAGCGGUGCUCAUCUGCGUCGUGUUAGGGGUACUGCAGAGAUUCAACUGGCACGCCAAGUUGAAGCGCCUUUUCUUCCGCUUGGAGGAAGUGCUGCUGCCGAAGCGUCCCCACCAAGUUCGGCAACCUGUGCUGAAGGCUGCCUGGUAA